AUGUCGCCCAGGAAUUGCGGAGUCCUACUCCACCCUACCCUCAUAACUCUGCGUCUAUACGGAGUCUCCUUAUUUAAGCACUCAAUCGAGAAUUUCAAGUUCCCCCACGAACCAUGCAACCUGGAAUAUCUCGUUCUCAAGGAAUGUCUAUUUGACCAUUCUAGUCUGAAGAUCAUUCUGACCCGCUGCAAGAAGCUGAAGCGGUUAUCGAUGGAAUCGGCCGGCGAAAGAAGAUAUAACUUUCGGGACGAUGGAAGUUGGAAUCUCAACCUGUGUGAAUUCGGCAAUGUCCUGAAGAAGCUGGGCCGGAGCCUGGAAUUUUGUAACCUUUAUUGCGACCAUCCCAACGAGCCCCAUACCCCUAUGGGGUAUAUUGGCACGACGCCUCGUGAUCUCAACGGUCUCUCACAUCUCAAAAUUCGCCUGACCUAUUUUGUGGAGACUGAGAAGGAGCAAAUCGCGCCCUUAGCCGGAGCGCUUCCCCCUACGAUCCAGACGCUGCGCCUUUACGGGGACGGCAAUGGCUACGAGCAUAGCAACUACAAGAGAUUCUGCGAUAAGACCCGCCGGGCUGUGUUUACGUUAUUGAUGGCGGUGGAUCAGGUUCCAAAUCUACGGUGGGUCAAUAUUGACCGAGAUCGGGGAGAGUAA